UGAGUCCCUCUCCCGGAAUAUUUGAUAGUCUGAGUUCCCGCUCCUGCGCAGUCUGUCCUGGCCUAAACACCACUUUAACUUUCGUAUUUUCUUCUCUCUCCCCUCCGCAAAUAUGUCGGAGUACAGCUCGGUACCCGCACCCGGGGCUGGAGCUCCUCUCGGCGGACAUCUAGCUAUCGGUAACGGUGGUGGAAUAAAAAAAGAUGCCUUUGCAGACGCGGUACAACGGGCCCGGCAGAUUGCUGCCAAGAUUGGUGAAUGUGCAGGGGUAGCCCCUAUGAACAACAUCAAUGCACCAGACGUCUUUCCCUUCACAGCACAGAAACGACAGCUGGAGGACCCAGAUCAACCUGAGAGCAAGAAAAUGGCUCCACAGAGCGAUGUGGACUCAGCCACAGCUCUCUCUAUCGGAGCCCAACUUGCAGCACUGGCCCAGCAGAGUGCCAGGCUCACAACCACCUCAGAGGAGUACAGUGUUCCUGAUGGAAUGGUGGGACUCGUCAUUGGCCGGGGCGGAGAACAGAUCAACAAGAUCCAGCAGGAAUCAGGCUGCAAGGUUCAGAUAGCCUCAGACAGUGGAGGUUUACCAGAGAGGAGUGUCUCUCUCACAGGGUCCCCAGACUCCAUACAGAAAGCCAAGAUUUUAUUAGAUGAGAUUGUGUCUCGGGGGAGGGGCACGCCCCCCUCAUCCUUCCACGAGGCGACCAAUGGACAGAGUGGCUCAGGGCAGGAGAUGAUGAUUCCCGCAGGCAAGGCUGGCCUCAUCAUCGGCAAGGGAGGGGAGACCAUCAAACAGCUACAGGAGCGAGCAGGAGUGAAGAUGAUCCUGAUUCAGGACGCGUCUCAGGGACCCAACAUGGACAAGCCCCUGCGCAUCAUCGGGGAGCCAUACAAAGUGGAGCAAGCCAUGGAGUUGGUGCAGGAGAUACUGAGGGAGAGGGAUCAGCCUGGCUUCGGAGACAGGAAUGAGUAUGGCUCCCGCAUGGGGGGAGGUGGAGGAGCCAUGGACGUUCCAGUGCCACGACACUCUGUCGGGGUGGUGAUUGGUCGCAACGGGGAGAUGAUCAAGAAGAUUCAGAACGACGCAGGAGUUAGGAUACAGUUUAAACCAGAUGAUGGCACAGGUCCUGAUAAGAUGGCCCACAUCAUGGGCCCACCAGACUGCUGUGACAAUGCUGCCCAGAUCAUCCAGGAGCUACUGCAGAGCAUCAGGGUCAGAGAGGAGGGGCCUCCGGGCAUGUCCCCGAGUGGUGGCGGCAGGGGCCACAGCAGAGGGGACCAGGGGAGCUGGGGUCCCCCUGGUGGUGGAGGGGAGAUGACUUUCUCCAUUCCGGCCCACAAGUGUGGCCUGGUGAUCGGACGGGGCGGGGAGAACAUCAAGGCCAUCAACCAGCAGACUGGGGCCUUUGUGGAGAUCUCCCGCCAGCUGCCCCCCAACGGGGACCCUAACUUCAAGCUCUUUGUCAUUCGAGGCUCUCCGCAGCAGAUAGAUCACGCCAAGCAGCUCAUCGAGGACAAGAUCGAGGGUCCCCUCUGCCCUGUUUGUCCAGGUCCUGGUGGACCAGGCCCCAUGGGUCCCUAUAAUCCUGGUCCCUACAACCCAGGACCCCCAGGAGCCCCUGGACCACAUGGAGGUCUUCAUGGCUACCCCCCACAGGGCUGGGGCAACACCUACCAGCAGUGGCAGCCCCAAGUAACCCACGACCCCAGCAAGGCAGCCGGUGCCGCGGACCCUAACGCUGCCUGGGCAGCCUAUUAUGGCCAGUACUACCAGGGAGGGCAGCCAGGGGGAGCAGGGCCCAGCCAGCCCCCCACCAACCCCACCGCUGGUGGCCCAGCACCUGGAGACCAGCCCCAGGCCAGCCAGACCCCUGGGGGCCAGCCUGACUACACCAAGGCCUGGGAGGAAUACUACAAGAAGAUGGGUGUUGCCCAGGCAGGAGGCUCUGCAGCAGGGCCAGGAGCAGCAGGUGCCCCAGCAGCCCCAGGUGGAGGCCAGCAGGACUACAGUGCAGCCUGGGCAGAGUACUACAGGCAGCAGGCUGCUUACUACGGCCAAACAGGACAGGCCCCAGGACAGCCUGCUACCCCUCAGCAAGGCCAGCAGACACAGUGAGGGGCUCGGCUGAGACUCAUAAAGAGCGAGAAUAAAGAAAGGCUACUACCACUUAACCCAACCAGUCAACAGAAUCCGGGCCAUUUAAAAAAUAAAUAAAAAAUCAUAUAUUUUUUGUUCUGAAGGGAUUCUGUGCUGGCAGUCCUUUCCCUGUCCCUCCCCUUUCCCCAUCCAACUCACCACUUGUUUAAAUAAAUAUACAAAUAUACGAAGAGAACAAACUAUUGCUUUGCCUGUGAGCUGAAUAAUGGGAUGGAUUUCUAGGACUGUUAUCUUUCACUUUGGUUCCCUGAUAUCUUCCCUUGUUUUAUCUGUCAAUAAAAACAUGAACUUGGGAGAUUUGAACUCGAAACCAUGAAAGCCAGAUUUACUUCCGGAAAUGCUCAUCACUCACCCAAUGAAAUCCCACUUUCCCCUUUUAAUUGUAUUUACCACAGCCAAACUGUCUAUUCAAGUGACUUACUUCUGGUCCUACACUACUAAUACUGCAUUUACUGAAAUUAACAUUGAUUUAUAAAGAUUACAAUCAAUUACGUUAAUGGUAAAAUGAUUAAGAGGUUUUGCUUUUAAAGGUGAUUAUUUGAAUUGCUUGGUCGUUUGAUUUCUCCAUCUGGAACAUUCCCAUCGCCUAAGUUGCUUGGUCUUCAUACAUUUUGAGCUUUGGUUUUGAUUUUAUGUUCUGUGAAUUAUAUUUUUGUUUUCUCUGUGUGUGUGUGUGACUGUACAGUAUUUAGAAUGUGAUGAUAAACAGUGAUGAUAAACAUGAGUGUGUUUGCACAGCGGAAGACUUCAGUGAUUGUGGAAUGCUAGUUAACAUAACCACGGGUAUAUCUACAGUGGGAAGUUACCUACUGCAUAUAUCACAUAACAUGAGUCUGUUUAACUCAACCUGUUGCACGGGAGACGAAUGGUGUUACAAGUUUUAGUUUUCCUUGAUCUGUGACAUGGUCUUCUACAUUGUACGUUUUUGUUUUUUAUUUUUCAAUUGUUUUGAAUAAAGUUCCAAUAAAAGAUGUCCUGACCUCCCA